GUCACGAUGGGGGACUAAACCGAGGGUGAAGGCAAACGAAAAGCUCGACACUAGAGAGCGAUAAACAUGAGACAGAGGGACAUGAAAUAUGCGUUAGGAGGAAGCGUUUUAUUUAAACAGGUUUAGUUAAGUCAGCCCGAGCCCGCAACUUAAUUAUAGGAUUGCUAUUUCUUUGGGGGGAACGGGAAAAAGUCGUACAUUGUUGACUGUGGUGCUCCGGGCGCGCUGAACAGGAAGAAAUUCCCUAGCUUGCAAAAAAAAAAAAAAAAAAAAAAAAAAACCGAGAGAGGAAAAAAGACGCAUGAGGGCAGAAAAGAAAGUUCUGCGUGGUGGAAACAAUCAGGAGCAACCGAACUUCGCUAAUACCGCGGUGCAUAAAUAAUGUGCUUUCCUUUUCUGCGGUGGGAUAGGCGCUGAUUUUGUGUUGCUUUCUGUCUUUUAAAGAAUCGUCAUUUUUGGUGGCACACAACACAUCAACAAAAGUUUUACGAACGGAAAAUCUAAAGCCAUACCAAACAAAAGCAGACAUUCCUUUGGAACUGGUCACUUUCCGCAUCUAUUUGGAACGCGGAGCUUUUUGUUUUUGUUAUUUUAACUGCUGCAGUGGGAGAUUUUACAAUACUGACUGGGGGCUCGGGGGGCGGGUUUGGAUAUAUUUUUCUCUUUCCUACAUGGCCUCUUCCAGGAUGUACUUUCUUGCGAAAUGUAUUCUGAUCUCCCAACUUAUUAUCCUUCUAGCGAAAAGCAGCCGGGCGCUGCUGUGUCUGCCCUGCGACGAGUCUAAGUGCGAGGAGCCGAAACACUGCUCCGGCACUGUGGUGCUGGGGAUAUGCGGCUGCUGCUCCGUCUGUGCCAAGCAAAAGAACGAGAGCUGCGGUGGCGUUUACGGUUUGUACGGGACCUGCGACCGGGGGCUUCGCUGCGUCAUUAGACCACCUUUGAACGGCGGCUCCAUCACCCAGUAUGAGGUCGGGGUUUGUGAAGAUGAAAACUGGGAUGACGAUCAGCUCUUGGGAUUUGAGCCCUGCAACGAGAACCUGAUCACGGGCUGCAACAUCAUCGACGGCAGGUGUGAGUGCGACAGCCUGCGUACCUGCAACAACCCCUUCGAGUUCCACAGCCAGGGGGCUUGCCAAGCUGCGCUGCAGAAAAUUGAAGAUGAGAGGCCGGACUGCUCCAAGGCCCGCUGCGAGGUCCAGUUCUCGCCCCGCUGCCCCGAGGACUCGGUGCUGAUCGAGGGGUACGCCCCGCCGGGGGAGUGCUGCCCGCUGCCCAGCCGCUGCGUCUGCAACCCGGCCGGCUGCCUGCGGAAGGUGUGCCAGCCCGGCUACCUCAACAUCCUGGUCUCCAAGGGCUCAGGGAAGCCCGGCGAGUGCUGCGACCUCUACGAGUGCAAGCCAGUGUUCAGUGUGGACUGUAGUACGGUGGAGUGCCCGUCGGUCCAGCAGGUGCUGUGUCCUCCCGAUAGCUAUGAGACCCAGGUACGCCUCACGGCAGAUGGCUGUUGCACCCUACCGACCAGGUGUGAAUGCUUACCUGGCCUGUGCGGCUUUCCUCAGUGUGCUGCAGGAAGCACUCCCCGUAUCAUCUCCCAUGGUGACGGCACGCCUGGGAGGUGCUGCGAUGUGUUCGAAUGCGUCAACGAGAGCAAGCCAGUGUGCGUCUUCAGCGACGUGGAGUACCGCGAGGGGGAGAUGUUCCGAAUGGACGCCUGCCGCUUCUGCCGCUGCCAGGGCGGGGUGUCGGUGUGCUUCUCGGCCCAGUGCGGCACGCUUCACUGCGAGCACUACUACAUCCCCGAGGGAGAGUGCUGCCCGGUCUGCGAAGACCCCGUCUCCCCCGUGCAGAAUUACGCCGGUUGCUACGUGAACGGGCAGAUCCUGGCGCACGGCGACCACUGGCGGGAGGACGACUGCACGUUCUGUCAGUGCAUGAGUGGCGAGGCCCGCUGUGUGGCGGCGGCGUGUGGGCACAGCUGCGCCAACCCCGUCACCGUCCCGGGCGAGUGCUGCCCCGUCUGCGAAGAGCCCACCUACAUCACUAUGGCGCCCCCUGCCUGUGGCUCCAUGGAAAACUGCAGCUUGACAGAGAAGGACUGUUUCUACGGGUUCCAGCUGGACCAGAACAGCUGCCGCAUCUGCAGGUGCAAAACACGAGAAGAGCUCUGCCGAGGUCUCAUUGAAGGGUGUACCCUUGAGUGCCCCUUUGGCUACCAGAUUGACGCUCACGGCUGUGGAGUGUGCCGAUGUCGCCCACGCCCAAAGAAGUGCAAGCCCAUAGUGUGCGACAAGGACUGUCCCUUUGGCUUCAUAAAGAACAAACAUGGCUGUGACAUCUGCCGCUGCAAGAAGUGUCCGGAGCUACCAUGUGACAAGUCCUGUCCAAUCGGCUUCCAGCAGGAUGAACAUGGCUGCCUCAUCUGUCAGUGCAGAGAGCACAGCGUCUCAUCUGUGGCUCCCCCGGUGAAGCAGGGGUCCUGUCUCUCCAUGGAUGGGCGUCGGCACGAGAAUGGAGAGAACUGGCACGAUGGCUGCCGGGACUGCUAUUGCCACAACAGCCGGGAGAUGUGCGCCCUCAUCUCCUGCCCCGUGCCGGUCUGUGCCAACCCCACCAUUCGGCCUGGGCAGUGUUGCCCGUCCUGCCCUGAUGACCCCAACACCCACAGGACGGAGCUGGGCGACUCCUCGGUGUGCCUCGCCCCUGGCGGGGAGUACUACGUGGAGGGCGAGACCUGGAACAUCGACUCGUGCACGCAGUGCACGUGCCACAGCGGCCGGGUGCUGUGCGAGACCGAGGUGUGCCCACCCCUCCUCUGCCAGAACCCAAUCAGAACGCGGGACUCCUGCUGCCCGCACUGCCCAGAGGAACCCUCCACCCCCCGCUCCCCCGGCAACGACAGCAUGCCCAGCUACUGCCGGAACGAGGAGGGGGACAUCUUCCUCGCCGCCGAGUCCUGGAAGCCCAACAUGUGCUCCAGCUGCAUCUGCCUGGACGGCGUCAUCAGCUGCUUCUCGGAGUCCUGCCCGCUGGUUGGCUGCAGCAGACCGGUUCUCCGAAAGGGGCAGUGCUGCCCGUACUGCCUGGAGGACACAGUCGCAAGGGCGGUGUGCCACUUUAAUGGGAAGACAUACGCGGACGAAGAGCGCUGGGACAUAGACAGUUGCACCCACUGCUACUGCCUGCAGGGCCAGACUCUCUGCUCCACCGUCAGCUGCCCCGCCCUGCCUUGCCGCGAGCCAAUCACCGUGGAGGGCAGCUGCUGCCCCAUGUGCCCAGAAAUGUACGCCCCAACAAACAUACCGAUUGAGAAGACAGACCAGCGAGGGGACACCCAGAUGCGCCAACCGGCCUGGCCAACACGGAGUGAAAAUGACAUCAUGCCCCAGUUCAGAGGGGACUUUGGAAGCCUGCAGAUGCCCUACUUGGACGGAAAGACGCUGGUGGCCAGCAACGAUGACACCUUCCACUCGGUGGCGUGGGUGGCGCUGCCCGUCCUCAUGAUGGUGGUCAUGAUCGCAGCUCUGCUGGUCAUCAACCAGAAGAAGCAGUGGCUCCCGGUGCCCUGCUAUCGUACCCCGACGAAGCAGCCCACCUGUCUGAACAACCAGCUCGUGUACGUGGACUGCCAGAAGGGGACUCGGGUGCAGGUGGACAGCUCCCAGCGUAUGCUGCGAAUCGCGGAUCCUGAUUCCAGGUACAGCGGGUACUACAGCAUGCAGAAGCAGAACAACCUGCAGGCGGACAACUUCUACCAGACCGCGUGAGCGAAGCGGCGGCCAGGAGGGCCGUGCACACUGAAGGACGCUCGCCGCCAGAACCAGAGAAUCACUCCCAACAAAAAAUAAUAAAUAAGUAAGUAAAAACAAGACCCGACAAGCUUCUUGCUCCAAAUGAAAACAGAACCAACAGUCCGACGAAGUCGCGACGCGGCCAAACGAAACGCUCCAAUUCGAAAAAAAAAAAAAAAAAAAAAAAAGCUAAAAGACACGGGACGAGCUGAGACAGUUUAAAAUUUAUCUUUCUUCUGUUUUCCCUGGAUGAAUUUUUUUUUUGUUUGUUUUUGUUUUGUUUUUUUUUUUCGCGCAAAAUUUUAACGUAAAAGCUUUGGGAUUAGGAACGCCUGGCCUCUUGCGACUGUCAUUUCGCCGCAUUCCUGCCUCCAGUUAAAAGAAUGCAAAAAUUUGGAGAAGGUGUUUCUGCAAACACUCAUGCCAAAGCGCUUGUGUUUCUGUCAAACAAACCAACUGCUGGUGUCUCCCUUGAAGGUGAUUGAGGAAACUGCUUGACUCUGGUUAGCUAUGAGAAAAAGAGCAGUCUGGGUGAAGGCUAAGCUGAGUGUCGGUUGCCUGUCAAUAGCCGACACUUCCAUCUCUUUUCCUUAAGAAAAAAAAACUGUUCUUCAAUGAAACUUCAUCCGCUAAAGAACAAUAGGAAGAAGCAACGCUAUCCUGUCAACCUGACUUUUUCCCCUCUGGUUGUUUGGGUUUUAUGUUGUUUUAAGUAUUUCUCUUCCGGGUAUAAGUAUACACAGUUUCUGUUCCUCAAGGCCAUAGGCAAAUAUAUAUAUAUUUCACAUCUAAGGGUGGAUUCACUUUUUCCUUACCCUCAUAACGGUUAAAUGUUUAAAAAUAAAGGGUUGAAAAAAAUAUAAAGUUAAUAUAAAUUUUAGUGCUACUUAUGAGUUGAAUUUGAGCAUAUUCUUUUAUAAGUGCUGCUUUUAGUUUCUGAAUGCCCUGUUUUUUUCAGGAUAUAAGUACACAGGGAAAAGGUCAGCUGUUACUCUGGGGAACACCCGCAUCCCAAACAACAAUAACAACAAUGACAUAAAAACAAUUAAAAAAAAAAAAUCUGUGUCAGUAUGUCUUCAAGAGGGUUUUGAAGGUCUGGAGGAAGAAAAAGAAAUGCUUUACCGGUUGUACAGCUGCUUCCCUGUCUGGGAGCAGUUCUGUUGCCUAAGCACUUUUGUGUUUGUUUGUUUUUUUUUUUUCUUUUUGCAGCAAACGUUUUUGGCUACUUAAACAUUAUAGGAACAUUUAUGUACAUAUUUUAUGCUGAUAUGAAAAGGUGAUUUUUUUGUGUUUAAUGUG